ACAAACCUCAAGUUUUAUUAUUAACAAUAAUCGAAUUUAUUCAAUUAGCAGCAGAAAAAAUAUUUAAAUAUAAACAGUUAAGAGAUAAUCAAUUAGAGACUGUUUAUAACUAUAUUGAUCAACAAAAAGAUACUUUAGUUUUAAUUAAAACUGGUG